AACUUCGUCAAAGUUUUUUCUGCGCUUUACCAUAGCCCUGCGCCGGGGCGACCAAAGUCGUGAAACGGGCUCCCUAGAAGUUACAUUACCUGAGAUUAAUUAACAUUAUCUGGUAUUGUAGUACACUUGCGUUGGUCUGAAUAUGGGUUGUCAUGGGCAAAUCUGGCUAACUUGGCUUACGCUGCUGGAUCUCUUAAUAUCUGCUCUAAGUAUUAGCCGGCUAGAGAUGUUCCCUUACGGCCCCAGCGCAGGAGAUGAAUUGCUAGAUUCAGGGAAUGAUCAGACGCGCGAAUUUGUACUGGAUCAACCACUGAUGUUCUACGAUGGAAAGUUCAACAAGAUCUACGUGAACACCAAUGGAUUCAUCGCCACAAGCAAGCCAGCGAAAGAGGCCGAGUACCUGGGCAAGAUGCCAGCCAGUUUUGGCAUGAUCUUAGCCCUGCAGGGAGACCUGGACACCAGCGACGGGGUGGGCAAGGUGUUCUUCCGCCAGGACUUGAGCCCGUCCACGCUGCAGCAAGCGGGAGACCACGUAAGCAGGGCUUUCCCCGAGGACGACGAGGUGACCCCGACGCACUCGCUCAUCAUCACAUGGGUGGAUGUGGCAGCACGGGUGCCCGAGACUCGAGGAGAUGGUCCACAGAGUAGGAGGAACACUUUCCAGCUCGUGAUUGCAUCGGUGGAGUCCGCCUCCUACGCCAUCCUGCUGUUCCCAAGAGAUGGCCUGCAGUACGUCUCCACCCUCUCGGAGGGCAGGAGCUCAGUGAUGCAUGCCGGCUUCAGUAAGGGGAAGACGAGAUCUUCAUUCUGGCCGAAACAAGGGCCAUAUUAUCGUGCCACUGAGGACGACGAGGCCUCUGUACAGGCACUUCCAGAGAAGACCAACUCUGGGAAGCGCGGCGUGUGGGUGUACGAGAUCGGAACGCACCCCUACUUCACACGCGUGGCACCAGGGGAAGUGACCGACCUGCCACCAGAGGACACGGCAGACUCCGUCUCCAUCCUCACCAGGCACCAGCAGCAGGCGGUGGAGUAUCCCACGUACAACCCCGUCGCGGUGGAGGAGGAGCAGGUCGAUCUCUACCAAGGCCCCGGCCGCCCCCUGCCCGUCCACCCUGUCCAGUACCAACCCCAGCAGCAGACAGAAGACCUCUCCGAUAUUCAGGUCAAUGUGUUUCCCUACAACUCGGACACGUGUGACAGCAACAGACAGAAGUGUUCGCCCUUUGCUGACUGCAGGGACUACGCCAGCGGCUACUGCUGCCAUUGCAGGCCCGGCUACUACGGCAACGGCAAGCAGUGCGUGUCUGAAGGAAAACCUCAGCGGAUGAAUGGGAAACUGCACGGCAGGGUGAACGUGGGCAGCUCGCCCUAUCCCGUGGAAUUUGCCAGCAACGACCUGCACUCGUACGUGGUGUCCAAUGACGGACGGGCCUACGUGGCCGUCAGUGCCAUCCCCCUGAGUGUGGGCAUCUCCCUACAGCCUCUCGCAGGCAUCGGAGGCGUGAUUGGCUGGGCCUUUGCCCUGGAACAGCCAGGCUACAUCAACGGCUUCAGCAUUGUCGGUGGAGAGUUCACACGUAAGGCCGAGGUCACGUUCCUGGAUGGCGGCGAGAAGUUGACCAUCACUCAGGAGUUCAAAGGCAUUGACCAGCAUGACCAUCUGGUGGUUGACACCCAGCUUGAGGGCAGAGUUCCCGAGUUGCCACAGGGGGCAACCGUACAGAUCGACCCUUACUCAGAGAUCUACCAGUACUCCAACAACAUUGUAACAUCCUCCUCCACGCGUGAGUACGUGGUCAGCUUGGAGGAUGGUACCACGCAGACCAGGAAAUACCAGUGGAGGGAGACCAUCACCUACCAGAGCUGCGCCCAUGCCGAGGCCUCCAGGAAGGUGCCCCAAACCCAGAUGCUGAGAGUGGAACAGGUGUUUGUCAUGUACGACACCCAACAUCAGUUGAUGCGGUACGCCAUGAGCAACAAGAUCGGGGACAUGAACGGUGGAGGCGGUGAAGAGAAUGCCUGCUUCACCGGAAGACAUGGAUGUGACACGAACGCCAUGUGCCACGCUGGAGAGGGAACCCAGUUCACAUGCGAGUGCUCUACAGGCUUCACCGGGGAUGGGCGCAUCUGUUAUGACAUUGAUGAAUGCAGAGAAACCCAACAGGUCUGCAGCACUCAUGCCGUCUGUAACAACCAGCCCGGAACUUUCCGCUGUGAAUGUGUUGAUGGCUACCAGUUUGCCAGUGAUGGGCAGACCUGUGUUGAGGGGGACCGCCCAGUGGACCACUGCCAGGCCGGCACCCAUGACUGUGACAUCCCGGAGAGGGCACGCUGCAGUUACACCGGGCGCUCGGCCCACGUCUGCUCCUGUCUGCCGGGCUACGUGGGUGACGGCCGCUCCUGUCAGGAUAUUGAUGAAUGCCAGCCAGGCAGGUGCCACCCGGAUGCCCAGUGUUUCAAUACGGAUGGAUCCUUCUCCUGCCAAUGUAGACCGGGUUUCUACGGUGACGGCUUCUACUGUUCCUCCGAGCGAGAGAAGACCCGCUGCGAGACUCACAGGGAAAGUGCCCUCGGCGCCACUGAGCAAGGCCCGCGAGGCCCUCGCCCCCUUCCGGGGCAGUACGUGCCCUCCUGCGAUGUGGAGGGCAACUACGAGUCCAUGCAGUGUCACGGCAGCAUCGGCCAGUGUUGGUGCGUGGACUCCAACGGCCUGGAAAUCUCUGGCACCCGCACCGGUCCUGGAAGUGCUCCAACCUGCGAUGGAGGGACUGGACCCCCGGUGAGGCCCACCCCCAGGCCGGACGUCUAUCCUCUUCCUGCCGGCACCAACCUGCUGUUCACCCAGAGCGGAAGGAUCGAGUACGUCCCCCUGGAGGGCUACAGCAUGAAGAAGAGCGAGGCGAAGACAGCGCUACACCUCCCAGAGAAGGUGGUGGUCGGGGUGGCAUAUGACUGUAUGGAGAAGAUGGUGUACUGGACGGAUAUCACCACCCCCACCAUCAGCAAGGCCAGCGUGCAGGGGGGAGACGCCAUCCCUGUUAUUACAACAGAUCUGGGGAGCCCUGAGGGCAUUGCCAUAGACCACAUGUCUCGGACCAUGUUCUGGACGGACUCCAUGAAAGACCGUAUCGAGGUGGCCUCGCUGGACGGAACCCAACGCCGCGUGCUCAUCGACACAGACCUGGUUAACCCCCGAGCCAUCAUCGUUGAUCCUGUGAAGGGAUUCCUCUACUGGUGUGACUGGAACAGGGAGGCCCCUAAGAUCGAGGCUGCUCACAUGGAUGGCACCAACCGAAGGCUCCUGGCCAGCGAAGGCCUGAGCCUGCCCAAUGGCUUGACCUAUGACCCGCAGACCUCCCUCCUCUGCUGGGCAGAUGCCGGGACCCACAAGGUGGAGUGCAUGGACCCGACACAGAAUGAUCGCAGAAGCGUGACAGAGGCCAUUCAGUACCCCUUUGGCCUCACAGCGUAUGGGAAGAACCUCUACUACACCGACUGGACAAGGAAUGCUGUAAUCGCAGUGGAUCGCCAAACAGGAAGGGAAGUCGAGGAGUUCCAUCCCCAGAAAAAGUCUCGACUAUACGGGAUCACAGCUGCCUAUGCCCAGUGCCCCUCUGGACAAAAUUACUGCUCAGUCAACAAUGGAGGUUGCACACACUUGUGUUUGGCGACACCUGGUGGCCGCUCGUGCAAGUGUCCGGACAAUGCCGUAGGAGUGAGCUGUGUAGAAAGUGAAGGGAGGUACUGAAGUCGAAAGGAGGAAGAGAAAAGACCAGUGGAAAUACACUCAGCAGCACACCUAUUACCAUCCAUCAUCUGAAGCUCAGAUAGUUACCACUGUACAUGGUGUCUCAGUUUCUCAACAAGCCACUGAAUCAUGCGCUCAAACUGCUGUGUGUCCAAAUUUAUUUUAUAUAGCCUGUCACAAUGUUUCUUGUUUUCAAACAGUGGUUAUGUUUAUUUCUAAAUCAUAUGAAUAUUUCACUGAUAAUAUUUGUACAUAAGCCCAUAUCCUAAAUAUAUUAUUGUUAUAUGGUGCUGUUACAUGGAAGUUUAGAGGAAUAAGAGAAAUGACAACUGUGAAGGUUAGCCUACUUCAUUGGCUCUGUGACCCUUUAAACACAGACCCAUAUCAUCCUAUGGGGCAACACUGAAUUAAAGAACCAUUUUGUACUGAUGUUCAUUGAAGCAAUAAUCUUUUUAAACAGCUGCAUUUAGAGAGAUGUUCACCUUGUACAGCUGUGCAAUAAAGGUUUUUGGCUAUUUUCUA